AUGAUCGUUUCAACACCCUCUUUUCUCCGCGGCGUAAUCGCCCUCUCUUCGACUCUUCUUACGGUUCUCUCCGGUGUUGCGAUAUACAAGUGCGUUUUCGCAGUGCUGCUGCUUGCCAAGAGUCUUCCGCUGGACGGAUAUGUCUGGGUUGAUAUACUCGGGAUGGCGGGGAGCGGGAAGCCGGAGAAGCAUGUGGUGAAUUUGAGAUUGGGCGGAGAGUUAACGCUGUUCGGCGAAGCACCUGCCACUGGGACAAUGGGCGAGCACCACGAUGCAACGCUGAAAUGCACGCGGGAACUUGCUAUCUGCGAGGUAUCGCCGUAUCUUGUGAAACCAAAUCGCAGUGAGCAAGCGGUGGGGUGGCGACAGAAGGCUUGUGGACAACUGCAACAUUCGCGAAAAUCUUUGGUGUUCCUAGCACUCCUAUCAUUGGUCCUUGUUGUAGGCUAUGGAGCUCAAGCUUAUCUGGCCAGGAGAGAAGAAAAGAUGUUACUGAAUGUAGAGGAAAAGACCGUUUCCGUGCGGUCAAGCAGUGAUUCGCAGAACCGGUCUCCGCGCUCUUCCUGGGGCUCGAGUGAUAGCCAGAGAAUAGAAAAGGCCGAAUGA